AUGACACCGAGUCGUGUGCCAGUCGAUUUGACAAGAAGAUCCAAUACCCAUAUUGGGAUGAGGAGCGUAGCAAGACCUAUCAGCAAGACGAUUAUUAAUUGUCUGCCCAGAAGUUGCGCAGAUGAAGAUCUUUGUUGCAGCUGGUGUAUGCGGCGGAGAGGUCUUGCCAAUAUUCUAGUGGGCCAGUCCAACGAGAAUACUCUCAAAAAAACUGAGAACUAUUACGCAGCCCGUGCAGACUGGAGGAAACACUUCUUUAUUCCACUGUCAGGAAUAAAGCCAAGUAUAAUUGCUGCAAAUAUCUCCUCAGAGACUUAUCUCGGGGAGGGCUCUAUAGUAAAGGAGGCAUGGUUCUACGUGCUGGAAGAUUGUGAGAAGAAAGAAGGUAUGAUAUUGGAGGCAGCAGAGGAAGAACCAGAGGGAGCAACUGUGGGAGUAGCAAGGGAAGCAGUGGAAGUAGCAAGGAAAGCAGUGGGAGUAGCAAGGAAAGCAGUGGGAGUAGCAAGGAAAGCAGUGGGAGUAGCAAGGAAAGCAGGGGGAGCAGCAAGUUGGGAGAGCCUGCGGCUGCUGCGGCCCUAG